AUGGACUGGAAAUCCAUCGCUUCGUCCCGACAAGAACAUCGUUCCAACACCAUCGAUGCCGUGCACCCAGCAGUACCCAGAGUGUCAAAGCACCUGCCACGGAAUGUGACCGCUAUCCCCAAGCAGCUUCUGCCUCAACAUGUCAUUGAGAUCACGGAGCUGCCACCCGAGAAGCUGCUGGGAGACCUUGCCACUGGGAAAAUAUCCUCCGAGAAGGUUACCCGGGCAUUCCUCCAACGCGCUGGUCUGGCGUCAAAGCUCACCAACUGCGUCACCGAACUCUUGCCCGACAGAGCCAUUGCGCGCGCAAAGCACCUCGACGAGUACUUGUCGAGGCAUGGCAAGCCGACGGGCCCCCUCCAUGGAUUACCAAUCAGUGUCAAGGAGCAUGUGGCCAUGAAAGGCCUCGAUCUCAACGCUGGCUUCGUAGCUUGGGUGGGGCGGAUAGCAGAAGACGAUGCCCUGAUCUUGAAGCUGCUGUGGCAAGCUGGAGCAGUCUUCCACGCGAGGACCACAGAACCACAGACCUUGAUGCACCUCGAGACUUCCAACAACAUCUACGGCGUGACGGUCAAUCCGUACAACACCGACCUCACUUCGGGCGGGAGCAGCGGCGGAGAAGGCGCUCUGCUCGGCCUCAAGGGCAGCCCUCUCGGGAUCGGCACAGAUAUCGGUGGUUCGAUCCGGAGUCCUGCCGCCAACAAUGGCGUAUUUGGGCUGCGGCCAACGACCCACCGUCUCCCAGUGGGUGGCCUAGCAGCCACGAUGCAUGGACAAGAGCACAUCGUGCCUGUCAUUGGGCCAUUGAGCCAGAGCCUCGAGGGCGUCAAAGUCUUCAUGAAGGCCUUGAUUGACCAGAAACCGUGGCUCUAUGAACCAUCGCUGCUCCCAUUCCCGUGGCAAGCAUCACCGGAUUAUACGCUGUUGCGUAGAGGAGCCGACGGGAGACGCAAGCUCCGGAUCGGUGUACUGGCUGACGAUGGAAUCGUGAGACCGCAUCCCCCAAUCCUGCGAGGCAUCAACACCCUCUCGCAACGACUCCAGUCCAAUCCUGACAUCGAAGUCGUCGACUUCCCGCCAUACAAGCAUGACGAAGCGUGGAAGAUCGCCUCGACCCUCUACUUCGCAGACGGUGGCAGUGAAGAAGCAGAAGCUAUCGAAGCCUCGGGCGAGCCCUGGCGUCCGCUGUCCAAGUUCAUUCUAAAGGAGAAUCCGAGCGUCAAGGCGUUGACAGUCCCGGAGACGUGGGAAAUGACCGGCGAGCGGGAUGCAUAUCGCGAAGCGUAUGCCAGGUAUUGGAAUAGCAUCAAUACCGGUCUUCCCGGUCCCGACUCUGGCGUCCCCUUGGCGGUGGAUGCAGCAGCUGCCGUGAGCGACAAGAUGGUCGACGUGAUCCUCACACCCGUCGGUCCAGGCUGUGCACCACUGCUGGAUACGGCCCGGUAUUGGAACUAUGCAUCACAAUGGAAUCUGCUGGAUUAUCCGGCGCUCGUAUUCCCGACAGGGCUGUAUUGUGGGCCGGAGGAUGGCGCGGAGAGAGAAUAUACUCCGCGGAACGAACGGGAUGCGUACAACUACAAUCUCUGUAAGUGAUGCAUCACUCUCGACUUGGCAGUCUCCAAUGCAAUGCAAUGCAGACAGAUCGCUGACGAAUGCGUUUUUCAUACAGACGAACCGGAGAAGUACCGGGAUGCUCCCAUUUCAUUGCAGCUGGUCGGACGGCGCUACGAAGAUGAAAAGCUCAUCGAAGCUCUGGAGAUGAUUCUCGAGACUUACAAGACGCCUGUGUCCUCUACCAGCUCCAAGCUUUAG